CAGCAGGUGGGAGCUUGGAUGUUGAUAUCAACAUGGCGCUUGUCAGACAGACAAAGGCAGUCAGUCUGGUCUGAUUGAGCCCAAAAGGGAGCAGGAAGAAGUGGGAGGGUUUUUUUCCUUUCCUUGGGGGUUCAGGGGAAGCAGAGCCUGGGAGUCUGAAGCAAUUCACCCCCUGGAGCUCCUCUUCAUUUUAUUUUGCAGGGUCCCCUAAAAAAGAAAUCUCUUUGCUUUUCCUAUUUGGGAGCCACCCCCAACUUCUGCUUCUAAAUGGUCAAGUGGAGAAAAAAGUAGCCAGAACCGAAACAAUGGUAGCAAGUACUGAAGACCUCCAAGAGGCUUUCUGACCUUCCUGUCCCCAUGUAAAUUAUGCUGAGAACCUUUCCAGUGGUUCUGCUGGAAACCAUGUUUCACUACACUGAUGAACCCAGAUUCACCAUAGAGCAAAUAGACCUACUUCAACGCCUGCGGCGCACUGGUAUGACACGGCACGAAAUCCUCCAUGCUUUGGAAACCUUUGACCGUCUUGACCAGGAACACAGCGACAAGUUUGGGCGGCGGUCUGCCUAUGGGAGUGGAUCCUGUAGUAACAGCACCAACAAUGUUCCAGCGUCUUCCUCCACAGCCACAGCUUCCACACAGACCCAGCACUCUGGGAUGUCCCCAUCUCCUAGCAACAGUUAUGAUACCUCCCCACAACCUUGCACUACCAAUCAAAAUGGGAGGGAGAGUAACGAGAGGUUGUCUGCCUUCAAUGGGAAGAUGUCGCCUACACGUUACCCUCUGGCCAAUAGCAUGGCUCAAAGGUCAUAUAGCUUUGAAGCCUCUGAGGAGGACUUGGAUGUAGAUGACAAAGUAGAAGAGUUGAUGAGGAGGGACAGCAGCGUGAUAAAAGAGGAAAUCAAAGCCUUCCUGGCCAACCGGAGGAUUUCGCAAGCAGUUGUUGCACAGGUUACAGGUAUCAGUCAGAGUCGGAUUUCCCACUGGCUGUUGCAACAGGGAUCAGACCUGAGUGAGCAAAAGAAAAGGGCCUUUUACCGAUGGUACCAGCUUGAGAAAUCAAAUCCAGGGGCUACAUUAAGCAUGAGACCAGCCCCCAUUCCAGUUGAAGAGCCAGAGUGGAGACAGACGCCUCCGCCAGUCACAGCUACCUCUGGGACUUUCCGCUUGCGACGCGGCAGUCGGUUUACCUGGAGAAAGGAAUGUUUGGCUGUCAUGGAAAGCUACUUCAAUGAGAAUCAAUAUCCCGAUGAGGCCAAGAGGGAAGAAAUUGCAAAUGCCUGUAAUGCAGUGAUUCAAAAGCCAGGAAAGAAGCUGUCAGACCUGGAGCGAGUUACCUCCCUCAAAGUGUACAACUGGUUUGCCAAUAGAAGGAAGGAAAUCAAGAGGCGAGCCAAUAUUGAAGCAGCAAUCCUGGAGAGUCAUGGGAUAGAUGUUCAAAGUCCUGGAGGCCACUCCAACAGUGACGACGUAGACGGGAAUGACUAUUCAGAGCAGGAGACUUGGCAAGUACGCAAUGGGGAGGAGGAGGGAAGAUGUACAGAGGGAGGCAGAGAAGCAGAGAAGUUAGAAGAAGACAGGAGGAUCUGCUCAAAACAAGAUGACAGCACUAGCCAUAGCGACCACCAAGACCCUAUCUCACUAGCCGUGGAGAUGGCAGCGGUAAAUCACACCAUUCUGGCGUUGGCCCGGCAAGGAACCAGCGAGAUCAAAACAGAGGCCCUGGAUGAUGACUGAUGACGCGAUGGAGGGGGAGGGCUCCCAGAUGAGAAAGUAACUUAGUUUUAGACGUAGCACCUUAGCAGCCUUUUUUCCUGGUCCCUAAUAUGUGUCCUUCUUUACAAUAUAACUUUGCAGUCUCUUGUACGUCAAGUUUGCCGUUUAGGGUCUUGUCCUGUGAAGAUGGCAUGGUGCCCUCUGACUCUGCGUAUAAACUCUCAGUAUUAACUCCCAGUCAGAUAAUUAACCAAGCCGAGUGACCUCCCUCUCCCGGUGCUCCCCCUCAGCUAGAUGAACACCUUUGCUGCUCUGUCUUUAGCAUUCCAUGAACGUGCUUCCAGGUGUCGUAGGCAUCCCUCGAUUCCAAACCUUAGGCUAAAUCUAUAGAAAUACAACAAUACAAUCUUCAGACUUCCUGGUGUUAACAAUUUUUAUUUUUCUCUUGUUAUAAAACCAAAAGGAGACAAUGGAGAUUGAGUGGUUUGAAGGAUAAAGGCCACUGGGUUGAGAGUUUGAGCAGAGAAUGGGGUGAUGAUAAAGCUUAGAUCUGUUAUCAGCACCUUGUUACCAGGUGCCAAUAAGAUGGGCCUCUCUUGGCUGUGCAGCAAUACAAUCUUUACUGUUUUUCCAUGGGAUUAGUGCUGUUUUCCAAAGGUCCUGGCUGGUUGGGAAUGAGGGAGGAAUGUCCACCAGCUUGUUUUGAUUGAUGCUUGCUGUUGAUGUGGUCAAGAUAGCCUUCCUCUUUUCUUUACAAGUUGUGUUAUGGGAGGAAUAAAGCAUUUUUUCUCAGUUCCUAAGUUUACCCAGUUAGGCCAAAGUUUUCAUCUGUAGAAGAAGCUACUUACUGUGUCUCUGAAUGAGUCCCAUCUAUGGCCAUGCUUCCUUCCAAUAGGUUGUCACUAAGGGUGAUGGUGGCUAAGGAAUGAUUUAAGUGUGAUUCACAACUCCUUUAUCAGUUUAGUCGUAAAUGAGCCCCACUGCGUUCAACAGGAUUUAAACCCAGAUAAGUUAAGAAAAGAUUAUACUCUCAGUCACCCCACAAGGAGAAUAUCUACCCUUGGAAAAGACAUGAUUCAUGUAGAAAGAUAGGGUGGACUUUGGUGAAAGUGGGUAGUUAUUUUCACACACACACACAAUACACACACACACACACACACACACACUAUAUGUAUGUAUGUAUGUAUGUAUACAGUGUGAAGUAGGUCUCCAGUUUACCACUCUAGAGAAGGAUUAAGAAGUGACUCCCAGUAUCCCUCCUCACUAGAGUUACAGGAAAUGUGCAUAUACAGAAGUUUCCAUUAUUUGCAUAUUAGAGGGUGCAGUGAUCCCUAUCUAUUGUCUGUGGUGUUGGCUCCCAAGAUAUCACAUCAUAAUGUUUCUCACACGUCAAUGACUUAGGCACACAUUCUCUGUGUCUCUGUUUUUGUUCUGUUCUUCUUCAGAAGCUGGAAAGCUGUACCUGUCUGAGCAGGUUAACUAAUCCUUGGAAGCCAUAUUACAGCAGGAACUAGAUGUUGCCAUGAGCCAAGGAUUCAGUGGCUCAUGUGCUCCUGGGAAACAGGAUUAUUUUUUUACUUUCCUAAUGUUAGGGCAAACUGAGAUUGGAUUCAGAUAUUGGCUAUCCAUGAAUUUAGAACUAGUGAUUAAAUACUGGUGGAAUGUGAGAGGAAUCUACUUCUAAAUAGCAAAAUAAAUAAAUAAAUAAAUAAUCAAAUUUGAGUUUUUUUGUUUAUCUUGAUCAUAUGUAGCACUUUGGUAUUUUUUUCUUAAAUAAAUAUAUAUAUAUUUGUAUUUUGAGCAUUUUUUAAAAAAUAAAUAUCAUUGGAUAAAUCAACAAUAAAAUGCUGUAAGCUCAUGUUACAGAGUCAUCCCAUAAUAUACCUUGAACAUAGUCCAUCAGGAACAUCUCUGAUGAAAUGGCCCUGGGCGGAAUAGCACCAGGUAGUCCUCCUGCACAAGCUGUUCUGAAGUGAAGGAAGGGGGUGUUGCAAAGGAUUCCUGUCACCCAAGAAGUUUUCCUGACAGCUUUAAUGUAGCAUGUGGUUUUCCUCUUUCUUGUGCUCUUUUCUCAUCCACCUUAGUGCAACGUUCACAGAAAUUCUUCCCCAUUCAUUGUGCCCUUUGAGCUGCCUGUGCAUUCAUGAAUAACAGCUAGUCUACUUCAGGUUGUAACUGACACGCUGACUGCCCCAUGGUCUAGUCCCUGCUGGGGCAACAGUUCCCAACAUAUGGAAAUGUGGUUUGUAGGUGGCCUUGUUCUGUUUACUAAGCCCUUCUGUGCUCUGCUGAGGCAGGUGAUAGAAAAUUGUAGAAAACUGGUCAAAGGCUUAAAAUCUUCAGGAUGUUGAAAUAUAUUGUGCAGUUCCUGAAAUUGACAGGCCAUUUGCUCAUUUGGUAUGUCAGUUUUGUGUUGGGCAGUUCUGUCAUUCUCUAGUACUUUAUUUGUAGCCAUGGUUUCUCUCUUUCUCUGCAUAUAUCUUGAGUACUCAGAAAUCCUAUAUAAGGAAGGAUCAUCUGCCAAGACGCUAUUGCUUCAUGUAGCAUGGUACCUGCUUGCUCCAGGAACUGGGUAGAUGGGACUUAGCUAUCUAAUUAGUAGGUAGAAACUUUGAAAAUGGAUUGAUAUGAAUAUAUUUUGAAACAAGUGACUGGCCAUAAGGGAAAAUAAAAUACCAUCUUUUCAAGGGGCUGGAGCAGCUCUCUACUGUUUGGCCUUGGCUUAAGAAUAAUGGAUGCUUCCUUAUGCUGGCCAGAUGAUCUAUCUAGGUAGCUUAGCAUGACCUAUUCAUCAGCUCUGAAGCAAAGAAAUAUCUUUCCCAUCAUCUGAUCUCUCUGACUAUAAUUACUAAGGGCUGAGCUAGAGUCCUUCUGCAUAUGUCCUCUGUUUCCUUCAGUGGAUCUACGGCAGGAACCGGUUAAUAAUCCAUCACUUGGAGAGUGUUCAUACAGUUUCUCCAUCAGGAUCCUUGAUGGCUCCUCAUAACAGCCAUUUGACUGCCAAUUGAAAUGUUUGAUCUUUGCUGGUAUGUUGCAGCUCCAUCUUUCCCUUGCACAUUUCAUUGGCCAUAAUAUAUGUAAUUUUUAAAAAUCAACUGUUGAUCACUAAAGCAUAAGCAAACUGUUGUCGUCUGUCUUGUUUGUCUAUCUAGAGCAGGCAAACUCCAUGAGGAGCUUUGACCUUAGACUCAGGGAAAAGUGUGAGAGUUGUUUGGUAGCUGCAGAGAGAAUUUCUUCUUGUGACAUUUACAAGCAAGUGUGUCUCUCUAUAGCAGGUAACAAAGGAGUGAAGGAACUUUGAGAUUUGUUUUGCGGGUGGAAUGACCUGGUAAAAUGUAGCUGCUGCAGAGGAAUUUUAUCUUCUCAUACCCUAAACUGAUAAGCAUUGAUGAUAUGAGGUCAUCAUGGGCUCUUGCCACUGAGCUUCCCACUGCUGUUUUAGCACUGCUCUUCACUGAGUUUUUAUUCUUCCUUUGGAUAUGGUUUAAGCAGGACAUUACCAGCUAGUUCUAGUAAGAACAGUAGCAGCAGAAUUCUUAAAUAAGUCAUCCACUGCAAAUUAACAGCAUUCAAUUUUAGUCAGUCUUCCCUAUUAACUUGUAGCCUUUCCCUGCUUACCUAGUAGUACAGUAUUCUGGAAGGACCACCAUCUUCAUGGCUUGGCCUGAAGCACUUUUCAGUUAUGGUAAACAGUAAUUGGAUUCAGCCCGUUUUACAUAUGGCACAUGCAGAUAAGUAACAGGAAGCAACGAGCAAGCUUUAGGUAUACAGGCAGAACUCACUAAAACAUUGGGGCAAUAGCUAGCCUACAGUUACCUUAAUUAAAGAAGGAUUGUACAAGCGUUGAGAGAUCUUGAAUCUUUAAAGAGAGGGCCUCAGCCAGAAAUGUGCCAUGAAGCAAUAAACCAGAAGGCACGUUUAGAUAAGGUACAGUAGAAGCUUUGUUCAAAUGACAAAGCAUUUGGAUUCUGGUUUGUCAGGUUGCAAGUUCUUACCACAUUUUAAUGCCCUUUUAAUUUUAUCUGAAUUCAGGGGCUGAUGCAGCUGUUGACCUUCCUGUUACUCACAGUUAAACUGUGAUUGGCAUUUUUUGUCUUCUCCAGUUAGGAUCCUCUGUUGCUUUGGAUGUUCAGAACCCCCAAAGUGUUUUUUUCUUGUCUUUUCAAAUUGUCUUUCCAACCGAGCUCUCUGACAAGAGCAUUUUACUUCUGCUUUUUGUAUAGCAUUCUGAGCUUUCAACAUGAUCCAUUAGGUGUCUGACCCAUGUUAUGAAUAGUUGAGGAAUUUGGGAUACUAAUAGAAUAUCUUACUUGCCCCAUGAGUGGGUAUGAUUUGUGAAUCAUCUAUAACCACCCUUUAACUGUGUCUGAAUUCUCAGCUUGCUGCCCGCUUGUGUUCUGAAUUAUAUUUUCUCAUGAGCUGAUAGGUGGCGUAGCCUUGGGGGAUUUUCAAUACUACCAAACUGCCUGGUUCUGUGAAAUCACUGUAAUAUUGCCGCUACUGGAAGAUAGCUCUCACUUCUUGAGCAUCCAAAUGACCAGUUCUCUCUUCUAUAAUCUUAGUUUUAGAGACAAUGCUUUGAGAUUGGCUUCAGACUUGAAUAAUGUAAUAUUUGAAUGUGAUUUUUGUAGAAUAGCCUUCUACAGUAUGUGCUCCCCCAAAAUACUGGGACCACAAUCCAUGAUUCCCAGUUAGAAUCCUAACUGUGAAUUUUGGAAUUUGUUAGUCCAGACACAUGAAGAGGGCUCUAACUGAAUAACAACAUUCUAUAUCACCCCUCACCCCACAUUUCAUAAUGUGCAUCCUGCACCUGUUGAUAUUAUAAAUGUUGUUUUUCUUUCCAUUCAUUCUUUCUUUGUAGUCAUAGACAUGGUAUUGGAGAAAUCUAAACUUGUUGGAAAAUUAUCAGUACAAGUACAUGAGAGAUUUCUUACUAGAAACAAAUCCCAUAUUUUAAAAAGGGCUUCCUAAUAAAAUAGUGUUGUUGUUGUUUUUAACACUGUACUAUUUACUCUUCUUUUCAGUGUUCUGGCCUGGAAAGACUUUUAAGGCAAUAAGUGGAUUUCUGUGUGCUUGUUGUUGACAUCAACCUUCCUGAAAAGGCUCCCUUGAUAAAAUUUUAGUUGCAGCCUCUAUGAGUAACAUCAGCUUUCCUCCAGUGGAACAGCUUCCUCCCACCCUUGUAUUUACUGAAAUUGCACACAAACCAAUUUUUCUGUUCCUACCAUGUUGUUAGUCCCUUAGCAACUGGCAUUCAGUAGUAUAUUGCCUCUGAACAUGGAGUAUUCAUAACGAUUAUGAGUUUUAGCCUUUGAUCACUGAGAAAAAUAUAUUGAACCGUGCAAGCAAUUUAAGCCAGCCAGCCAGAGAAAACGUAGUGCAAAAAUGCUGGUAGCAUCUGUUGUCCAGGAAAAUAUUUCUUUAGUGAUUUGUUACUUGGUCUGUGUGAGACUAAGAAUAGCCAUUUUUCUAGACACAUAGGAAGCUUGUGAUCAGAACAUGUGAUUUAGCUGAUAAGUUGAUUUUUUGAUAGGGAACAAUAACUGGUUUGGUAUGAUAGUGUUCUAAAAUAGGAAAGCCCAGUUCUUUUGUUGAUUGUGAAUUCCAUAACUUCUUUUGUUGUGGGUAAUCAUGCCCUAUUGUCUUCCUAAGACCAUCUUGUUCUGUGAAAAGGUGAAAGGUCCCCUGUGCAAGCUCCGAGUCAUGUCUGACCCUUUGGGGGGAUGCCGCUUUUGUGACAUUUUCUUGGCAGACUAUAUCGGGGAGGUUUGCCAUUGCCUUCCCAGUCACCUCCCCCAGCAAACUGGGUGCUCAUUUUACUGACCUCGGAAGGAUGGAAGGCUGAGUUGACCUGAGCCGGCUGCUCGAGAGAGAAUCCAGCUUCCGCUGGGAUAGAGUUCGGGUCGUGGGGAGAGUUUCGGUUGCAAUACUGUUGCCUAUCACUCUGCACCACACGAGGCUUCCCAAUCUUGCUCUGUAGGUGAGAUAAUUCUGAGAAAAACUCUGUUCUAUGUGGAUCUCAAGAAGCCAUUUAAGCAAAUUCCUAUUCUGAUCUAAGAGCCAAGCCCUUAACUUCAUCAUAAUUCCAGAUGUGUUGGAUGUCAACAUCUACAAAUUCCAGCUAGUACAACAGAGCCCCAUAAGAGUUGAAGUGCAGCUUAUCUAGAGGCAUCAGGUGGAGGAAGACAGCCUUGCUUUGUGAUGUUGUUGAAGGGGAGCAAUAACCUUAUUCCGUAGAAGUUUGUUUCUAAAUGGGCAAGGCUACUUACCACCCUCCCAUUUUUAAAACAAGACUAGCUUUGGAAAGUGGUUUUCAGCAGUGAGAUCUGUGGUCCAUUUGCAGUGGAUGGAAGAGCUAAUUUCAAUGGCAGGUGGCACUAAGGGGUUUCCCUGCUUUUUCAGGAUGCCCAGGAUCUGCUUGCUUGGUUUGUUUCCAGUAUUUAGUAUCCCUUUCUAAAAGUGCCUAUUGUGAUAACUGAACUUGAUCUUGUGUGGGAGACACUGGUCUUGUCUGUGUUUGCCCUUUUGAUAUGGGAGGACUUGGGAGCCUAGAAUGUGAAUUAACUACUGGAACACGCUGGACAGAAGCCAUAUUUGCUUCAUUCGCAUUCUCUCUCUCUCUCUCUUUACAUCUUGACUUUGCCUCUGGUGGCUGGGAAUCAUUGGAAUUGUAAUCCAACACACCUGGAGACCACCAGCCUGGGGAAGACUGCUUUAUAAUCUAGGAAGGACCAUAGUGAGAGAGCUUAACAGAAGAAUUGCUGUAGAAAAGUUCUGUAGCAAGUCCAGGCCCACUGCUUUCCUCCUCUUAGUCCCCCCUGCAAAAGAGUGCCACCUGGUUAGAAGGUUGCACUCUGCACUUCUCAUCUGCAUUUCCUGUUAUCUUCUGUGCAGAACAGAAGUUGUAAGCUAUUCCCAGUAAUAUUUUAUGAAUGUAAAAAAGGUCUAAGAGUGACUCCUCCCUCCCUUUCCCCCAAUUAGUAUAUUUUAACUCUACAUUGACUGGAUUCCUGCACUGAAAGAAGUCAGCAGUGUAGGAAGGAACCUGUUAUCUUUCAUUCCAGAACAUUGUUUUUAAGAUAAUGGGUGUCAGCCUUGCCAGGUAGACCAGACAGGGAACACGACCAGAUGAGCUAAUACUACUUUAUUGUAAAGCUACAUUAACAGAAUCUUGCAAGUCUGAAAGUACAGUUCUCCUGCUGUCUCCUUUACAGCCCAAGAAACUAGGGUGGGUCCCUCCUGAGCCUCUUGCCCCACCCACUGUCCAGCUGAGGCUAUGCUCCCUCUUACCUGACUGUUCCCUGGGCAGCGUCUCUUCGCUCUGUCUCCCAAGGUCUUUCCCACAGACCAUUACAAUGAGAGGGGAAAGCAUCAAAUGGUAUACUAGGAAAUUGGAAGUGAGUAUGCCUUGCAUAAGGGGAUAAGGAGGGGCCAGAUUUAUUUCCUCCUCCCAUUUUGAGCUUGUAUAUGAGCUGAAAUACAUCUCAGUGUAAUCAAUUGCAGGUUGCUGUAGCUUGUGGGCAAGCCAAAUUUGUGCAUUUUCUAACUUCCAUUCCAGGACUUCCUGUCUCCUUUCCCCCCAGUGUUCCUUUCUGAUUCCACUACUGUGGUGGCAGCGACACUUUGCCUGGUGUUGUUUUGGUCUGCCAUAACUGAGUUCAGCCUACCUCAAGAGGUAAUUCUGUGUCUCACUGUCUUGCAGCCACAAUCCCUUUUAUUUCAGGGUCCUUUUUGAUAUACACCCACACCCACACACGACACUGGACUGUCUAUCCCCCUACUCUCCAGCCCCCUUGCUGUUGCCACCAGUUCUUAUUGCAGAUUGGAUGCUGCUUUAAAUGUGAAAAAAAUUGUUUUAAAAAGCUAUAUAAAGAAGAAAAAAAUAAAAACCUGAAUGAAAAGCUAAAGCUGAAUUUAUAAGCCUUGUUGCAUAUGAGCCAAAAGUGCAAAAAGCUCCAUAUAAUAAACUAACCUGCCACUCAUAUAAAUAUAAAUAUAUAUAAAUAUAUUAAAAUCAGACUGUUCUACAAAAUUGUGUAUUUGUAUUUUUGUGUACGUACAAUUUUCUGCUAAGCAGAAGGAGGAUGUAGUAUAGGAUGUGAGAGAAUUUUUUUUAAUCAAAUUUCUUUUGCCACUUAUUUUUCUUAACAUUCAUCUCUCUGUCUCUGUCUUCUCUAUGUAUGACACCGUUUGUGGAAAAGCUGCAGUCUCUCUCUUCUUCCCCCUGCCCCACCCAACCCUUCCCAUAGACUACUGCCAGGUAUAGGCUGCCACUAGCUUUGCAGAGAUACAGACACUCUCAAAAGUUUUGAAUAACUGGCUGCUGUUAGCAAUGUCAACAUGUGCUUUGUUGGGACUUGGCCAUAGUUGCUUCCAAAGGUGCUGAACGUUGUCAGUGAACUGCUAUUUCCCUGAAGCAGCCUGGCGCUUAGCUAAAGUUGAUCAAGACCUUUGUUGGUCUUUGGUCUGAGAUCCCAAAUACCUUUGUGAAGACAUUCCUGCAAGAAAAAAAAAUAUUGUUGUCAAUCAGACGGGCCUUGGUAGAGACAUUUGGGAAUUCCUAAGCACAAGUCUAGGAAUUGAGGACAAGGGCGUUUGGCCUGGUUGAGAUUGUUACUCAAUUGAAAACCGAACAGCAGACUAGUGUAACCAUGAUUUGAACAAAAGCAGGAUGGUUUAAGUGCCCCAAAUAUCUUAUACAUAUUUUUGUUAUCCUAUAACCAUUCUGUAAAAAAGGCAAGUACAUUUAAAGAGGAAGUCAUUUUGUAAAAAAUUAGUAGAGUGAUGAGAGCAAAAUUAGGAUUAUCUCAUACGUGAUGAAAGUUUUUUAGUUUUCAUGAUUCUUCCCUCUUUGGAAAGAUUUUAGUGGAACUGCCGUUUAUCAGUUAAUUUAAUCUGUCAAGGGAUUUACUUCUCCUUUAAUAAAUGUAAGCCAAGUUCCCACAAACCUGCAUCUGUCCUCCUAGCCUCUAAAGUCUAUUUGAAUUCCAGAAUGGUUAAUACCUUGCAAACUUUGUUGAUAUGAGCACAGUUCGGUCAUGUUAGAGACCCAUGCCGAGUGUUCCUCUGAAACAUCUAAGACAGGCUAUAAUAAAUACAAGAGUAGAAAAUGUAAGAGGCUUGCUGCUAAGCAAAACCAGCUGAGAGUAUUGAGAGCUAUCAUGUCAAGGGAAAACUAGAUGUUUUCCUACCAUGCUAGUUUGUUGUAUGAGAACAUGCAGGAUGUUAAAUUCCGAAAGUUUUCCAAUAUAACUGUUUUGUUGAGAGUUUCUUCCCCAACUUAAAAAAGAAGUUACAUAUAAGCUCUUUUCAGAUAGGAGAGCCUUUGGUAUAUCCAACUUUCCUUAACUGAUUUUUUUUCAUCCAUUUUAAAGAAAAGCAUGUUUAUGGAGGAUAACAUCCACUCACUCAUUUAGUGUCCCAUGGCUCUUUGUUUGCACAUCCAUAUUUUCUCUUCUUUUAAAAGCUACAUGUCCCAUUCUAUUGACCCUUACCAUUUCUUCCAGGGGUGAGAGAGACACUACAUCUUUCUAAGUAGGGCUCAUAUUUAUACCAGUGUGUACUGACUGUGGAAGAAGUCCUUGUUUCUGUAUGUGAAUGGGGAAAGAAACAAGUGCUCUAUUGUAUUGAUUAAAAACUAGCUUAAAAAAAACAAAUGAGUCCUGUAUCAUUGUAUCUCCUAUUCUGGAUUAUUAGUGCCUUUUUGGACAGUAGACUGUUCUGUAAUUAAAUUGUAGUAUAACUGCUUUUUUGUACAGUUUUGUUUUAAUAAACUUUUUUUAAUUUGUGUUUAUUUUAGUAUUGUACCUACUAGAAAAUUAAAAUGUAUAACUGAGAAA